AUGAAACAAGGACAAUAUGGCGCGAUAAAACAAAUAACGCAUGAUUGUAAAUCAAUAUUUUCUAUAUCUCCGAUCGUGGGCACAAAAUCACGGCAUAAGCUGUACAAUGAUGAAAAACUGGAGUAUAUAAAACCACUGCUUUCCAGAAUCAAUCAAUUUAUCUCUAACCAAGGUUAUAUAAUACGCCAAUGUUAUAAACAGUAUGAUGUUCAUAACUUAGGUGAAGUGACCGAAAGCCAAUUUUUCAGAGGGUUUCCUGGUCCGAAGGAUAUCAGUGAUGAAGAAAUGAUGUCACUCGUUCAGCGUUAUAAAUCACUAACUAAUGCUGGUUUUGUAGAUUAUCUGGCUUUUGAAAAAGACCUUGAAACGAUUGACUCACACGAAAAGGCUUUGGAAGAUAACACGAAACUUGUAAAAGACAGAGAUAUUGAUCGUAUCUCCCAGAAAGAUAAUUUAUUAAUUCCAUCACAACAUAUGAUUGUUGACCGCAUAAAAUGUACUAUUCGGAAACGUGGUAUACGUGUUAUGGACUUUUUUGUGGAUUAUGAUAAGUUAAAACAUGAUGAAGUAACGGAACAUCAGUUCACAUGUGCUCUCCUAUCAUCUGUUGGUAAGGAAGCUAAAUUAAGUCGCGAGGAGGUUCAAAUGCUUGCAAACUACUACCGUUCAAUAACAAACCCUCAGUUCAUUAAUUAUCGCGAAUUUUGUAGAGAAAUUGACUCACCUUUUCAGACGCUGUAUUUGGAGAAGGAUCCGUUAAAGCCAAUUACCAUUCCAGCUAGAGGUGCACUUUCACAGCAUCUAUGCGUAUUAAGCCAAGAAGAUGAAGAUCGUGUAUCUAAACUAAUCGAAGAAAUCGGACGUCAAGUUCGUGAAAAAAGAAUAUUAACAUAUCCAUAUUUUCAGGACUAUGAUAUGGGAUCAUGUUUUUCGAGAAGUAUUACUAAUACACAAUUUGAAAGAGUAUUAUACUUUCUUGGUUUGAAUCUGAGUAAGGAAGAUUGUCGUCGUUUAUGUAGAAAAUUCACCAAUCCUACAAAUGGUUGUAUUAAUUAUGGAGCAUUCUGCGAAAAGGUAGAUGACUGGUUUACCGCUGCGGCCCCUGUCAAAUUCGAUGAAGGUAAUCCAGGAGAUGUGAAUUUUGAAGUAUCAAACAAGGUUAUAACAAAACGCACACCUGAAAUAGGUGAUACACGCUGUGGUAAAAGUGUAGUUCACCGAAAUUGGCACUCAACAGUAAUGCCAGUAAUUAUAUCAGUUGGAGAUCAAUGGCCUGUUGAGGUUUUAUUAAACCGUGUCCGACAUUUGGUUCUAGUUAACCGAAUACCAUUAAAACCUGGGUUUCAUGAUUUCGAUCAUUUACGUAGUGGUUAUGUUACACGAUCUCAGUUUGAACGUUGUUUAACCGCCGCAGGGCUAACGCGUUUACACCUGCACGAUCUUACACCGGCACAAGUAAACAUCUUGGCAGACAGAUACGUGUCUUCAACUGAUACCAACAUGGUGAACUGGAUAAAAUUUGUUAAUGAUGUAGAAACAGUGUUUACUCUACCGGGGUUGGAAAAACAACCACUCACUCGUGUGCUACCACAAGAAACAUUUGUCCAACCGAAACCAGGUACAGCAGAUUGGUUAUCAGUAACUGAAGAGAUGAAACAGAAUUAUGAAAAUGGUAUGGGAGUUUUAAGACAAAAAGUAAAUGAACGUCGGUUGGAUUUAACUCCAGAUUUUGCGGCUUUUGAUUUUUUACAUCGUGGAAUAGUGACAACAAAAGAAAACGAAUAUAAAUAUCCAGAACGCUUAGCUACAUCUCAGAGAAUAAAUAAGCUGAGUAAAGAAAAAACGGAAAUAGAACCGGUAAUGGGAGAUGCUGAAGGUAUUAUGGAUACACUGAAAGCAGAGGUAUACCGCAGAAGUCUGAGAUUAUCUGAUUGGUUUCGCGAUCACGAUAAACUCAAUCAUGGAUACUUACAAAGAAUAACGUUUCGCCGAUGUCUAGGGGUUCUCAACUUAAAAAUUAAUGAGAAAAGUUUAAAUAUUCUUGAAGACAGAUAUAAAGGUUCAAUGCCUGAUACAGUAGACUGGCGGGCAUUUGUUAAUGAUGUUGAGACUGUAUUUCAAACACCAAACUUAGAGAAAGAUCCAUUAAUUGAACCUGGUACAUAUAAACCUGAUUCAUCAGUUGCCCAGAACCACUUGACAGCUGAAUUAGCUAAAUCUGCUGACAAGGCUAUAUUUAAGAUAGCAGCUAAAGUUAAACAACGUAGAAUACUACUGUUAACAAUGUUCAGUGAUUUUGACGAAACUCAUCGAUUAACGGUUAAUCAAAGUCAAUUUCGUCGUGUUCUAACGACACUUGGACUUGGGGAGUCAUUAACAGAAAGAGAAUGGAUUGCAUUAUAUUGCAAAUACUGUCAUCAAAUGGGUCUAACAAACAACGUCAAUUAUCAAGCUUUUAUUGAUGAUAUUUACACAAGAGCUGGUAUGGAUCCGCGUAUGCCAUAG